AUGCCGACGCGGCCCCGGGGGCCGUACGCGCACCUCCCCUUCCUCCCCCCAUCCAACGUGGCUGCCUGCCAAGGCCAAGUUCACGCAUUUGACUCUCAGGACCUUAUCGACGUCUACAUCCCAGACGGCCCUGAGACUAUCAUCUAUCGUUGCGAACAACAGCCGUGCCCGAACCGAACCCCCCGAUCAAUCCCAGAAGACUACCCACGCUACAAAGCGAUCCGACGAGCGCAACACCCGCUCGGACCCCGAAGCACCCUUGCGUCUCGAUCCGCCUCACGGCACUCUCGCCCUGUCUCCCCUACCUCCCGCCUUCCCCAAACUGUCGCCGAGUCCAGUCAAGCGCGAGGAGAUCUCCCUCCAGACCCUGCGCCAGAGCCUGAGCCUGAGGAGGGUGAGGGUGAAGAAGGAGUCUCGGAGUCCGAGUCCGAGGAUUCUGUUGGGUCCGCCUCGCCGACAGCGUUCGCCCCCGCGUCAGCAAUCCCUGACGUACGUAACCCCCCCGCCGAACUUCCUCCGGCGCCUUCACCGCUGACUCCGCCGAGAGGCCGCUCGAGCACUCGCUCCUCUCGAAAUUCGACCAGCGGAGGGCCACCACAGCCGCCUCCGCCCCCGCAGCGUCCUCCGUCCCCCCCGACGCCGAUAAUGUCUUCUCCCGCCGCCGCACCUGACAAGGAGACCCUGAAGCUCCUUCUCCCCCUCCGCUAUGACGGCAAAACUGUCAUCGAGUGCAACAGGUUCCUGUCACAACUCCGCAUCUACUGGCUGGUCAACACGUCGCUGACCACCAUCGAACUUAAGGUGCAAGUUGCAAUGAGUCUGCUCGACGGCGACGCCCGCGCCUGGGCCACGCCUUACUUUGCCCAACUCGCGUCGGUGCAGAUGGGUGUACAAGGGGUUACAACCCCCUUCAGGAACGAAGCGGCCUUCACCGCUGCCUUCAAGGCCCGCUUCGGUAAUCUCGACGAUGCGGCAGCAGCACAAGUGGAGCUGGCGAAGCUCUGUGCGGACAAAUCGGUCCGCGAAAAAUGCACCGCUGCGGAGUUCUCCGCGCUGUUCAAGGGUCCGGCGGAUCGCUCUGGGUAUGGGGACCUGGAGCUACGCGACAAGUACCUGAGCGGCAUCCCCUCCCGCGUGUACCGAAAGAUCGAGCUCGAGACUUUCACCACGUGGUAA